CUUUUUUUUUCCAUUUGCAUCACACUGUGGAGCAAAAAAAGAAAACCCAGACUGUUGUACACAUUUAGUGAGGAUUAAAGACCUGGAGGAGGAUGCUUCACAAACUCGGUGGACUCUGGACGUUCAUUUUGGAUUUAGCAGCCAAAGUUUGACGUAACCCCUCCCCGGAUAAUCAGGCUGCAGUCACCAUGGAAGUAUUUCCCAGGGGGAAAUAGACAUAUGCUCAAUUUGCACUUGGAUGUAAUGUGAGAAAGUUUGGGGAGGUUUUGCGCAGGAGGUUUCCAGAUGUCUCUGCUGGUGCAGACAGUCCCAUGAAACACACUCACAACCCGAAAGGCAAAAAAAAAAAAAAGAGAAUAUUUUUGUUUAUUUCUUGCAACUUUUUGGAUUCUUGGGAAUAAAUAUAAGACUUUAUUCCUCGCGCUCCCCUGGGACUGUUCAUCCAACGCUGCCAUUGCAUUAGAAUAACGGGAGUGCCGGAGAUAACGACUCGUCGACGGUUGUGGAUAUGACCGGACACCGAGGAGCCGUUUUAAUCACUAAGAGACAGACGUUGUCAUGAUAAUGUUAUUUGGGUGAAGUCGUCGGAAACUCGUAAGGGAAGCCCCAAUGAGUGGCACACAGUCAACACUCACUGACAGGACGCCGAGCAUUCUCAACAAGGAGCCCGCAGACAAGAAACCCAAGAAUGAUAAAUCCUCCGUCUCCCUCAAACAGGAGUUUGACCCGACAGGUCUCGUCCAGCGGUGUGUGAUAAUCCAGAGAGAUGAGAACGGCUUCGGGCUGACUGUAAGUGGAGACAACCCUGUGUUUGUGCAGCUGGUAAAAGAAGAUGGAGCUGCAAUGCGAGCUGGUGUUCAGACAGGAGAUCGGAUCAUUAAGGUUAACGGGACCUUAGUCACACAUUCGAACCACAUAGAGGUUGUGAAGCUGAUAAAAUCGGGUUCCUAUGUAGCCCUGACGGUGCUGGGGAGGCCUCCCGGGCUCCCGAACCUUUCCCUGGGGGAGGACGAGAAGGAGGAAGGGGCGGAGGUCAGCCCGCCCUCUGCUCCCUCAGCGCCCCGCUCACCUGCACUGCCAGGGGGGGAGCACAUCCCCUCCUCCAUGCCUGAAGGGGGUGAGAACAAAACCACGCACAGCCAGAAGGCCGACCUCUUGCAAAAGAUGCUCACUAAGGAGCAACAGGACCUUCAGGCGAAGGAGGAGGAGUACAGCAGGAACCCUCGACCUAAACUUCUGAAGGAGGUCCAGGAGGUCAAGAAGCACGUUUCACUGCUGCAGGAGCGGCUCAGCAAAGCAGCAUUGCAGGAUGGAGCCGCAGCAUCCAGGAAUGGUGAGGCUGAGGGGGGGCACGGUGGGCCUCCUCUCAGGGAACACACCCCGUCCUCGCGGGCUGACAGCCGCACCGACGGACCCCCGACCAACAAUAACUCUACGCACAGCAGCCCCCCCACUGAGGGUCCGGGCAAAAGAGAGACGCCCUGUCAGAGCCCGGACAUCAGCCGGCGGGACGGCCUCAACUUCUGCGACACGGACGACACCCCUGACACAGACUCCAGGGCUCAGUGCAUUGUGGGAAACCCUCCCUACCUCCCCCACCUCCAGAUCAUCGGAGCAGAAGACGACUACUUUGACUCUCAGCAAGAGCAGAUUAAUGGACUCUGCAGCUGUUUCCAGAGUGUAGACUCGCUGAAGUGUCGGCCGGCUCACCUCGCAGUCUUCCUCCAUCAUGUUGUCUCGCAGUUUGACCCUGUGCCUUUGCUCUGUUAUCUCUACGCUGACAUGCACAAGCAAACCAGCUCCAAAGAAAGCCGACGCUUCUUCAUGGAGUUCCACUCCCUCUUUAUGGAUCGAACAGCAAAUCUCAAAGUACCAGUGCCAGAUGCAGUUGCAGCUGAAUUGGAGAAGCGGAGGCUGGAGUUGAUCCCAGAGGAGCUCUGCAAACAGUACACGCAGCUGCUACAGGACACACUCCUACCAGAUCUGCACAAGAACCUGGAGGACUUCAGACAGAAGCGCAGCAUGGGUCUGACUCUGGCCGAAGACGAGCUGUGCAAGCUGGACUCAGAGGGAGGAAAAGACCAACAGGCGCUGGAGAAGGAAUGCUCCUGUGCUGAACACAUCCUCUCCAAGAUAGAGGACGUCCUGCUGACGACACAGAACACAGAGGAGGAGAAGUGCCAAACCAUGCAGUACGUGAUCCUCACCUACAUGAAGCACCUCGGGGUGAAGGUGAAGGAGCCGCGAGGCCUCGAGCAUAAACGAGCACGCAUCAACUUCCUGCCCAAGAUCAAGAAGAGCAUGAAGCCUGAGAAGGAGGCAGAGGAGAAGGUGAAGAAGCCUCGCUUUCACAACAUCCUCGGUCCGCCGCGGCGUCUGAGCAGAGUGGACUCCACGUCAGUCGGUAAGGCCGUGGAGAUGAACAAGCAGCGCUCGCCAAAGCCGCUCUCUCAGCCCGCCUCCGUCAUCCCCGAGCAGUCCGACUCUUCUGCCUCCAAUUCUGGACGGACCCGUGGGAAUCAGCUCGGCGAGGGAUCGGACGCCGGCGCGCAAUCUUCUCCUUCCACCACCUCCCCGACGCUCAGCUCGCCCACCGGUCAGGCCUCAGAUACCAGCGGACAAGACUCCGACUGCAACGUGUCUCCGCUCUGCGUCCAGCCCAGAGCGGGCGAAGCUCUGCAGCCCGGAGACCAUCAGGACGCCGUCUCCAGUCCGACCAGCACUCAGUUCGACUUCAGCCCCUCAAACCUGGAGCAGCUACAGGAGGAAGAGCAGGACAACUGCAGGUGUUCACAGAUGGAGGUGCAGAGUUCAGCCGACAUCCAGAGUGAAGACGACCAGGGAGGCGAGAUGGAGUGUGAGGAAAACCCGCUGAACUGGCAGAGUCUGGUCAGCCGAGGCGUCCUGGCCACUUUAACGCCGCAGGAGAUCAAACGGCAGGAAGUCAUCAACGAGCUGUUCUACACGGAGCGUGCACACCUGCGGAUGCUGAAGGUGUUGGACUGUGUUUUCCACCAGAGGCUGAACAGAGACGGGAUCCUCCCCCCCGAGGACAUCAAACACAUCUUCAUUAACCUGGAGGAGAUCAUUCAGCUGCACGUUUCUGUAACGGAACAAAUGACGGCGAUCAGGAAGAGGAGCGAGACGUCGGCCAUCGGUCCGAUCGCAGAUGAUCUGCUGGCGUGGUUCAGCGGGGAGGAAGAGGAGAAGAUCAAACGAGCCGUGGGAACGUUCUGCAGCAACCAGCCGUCUGCACUGGAGCUCAUCAAGAGCCGGCAGAAGAAAGACCAGAGGUUCACUCUGUUCAUGCAGGACGCUGAGAGUAACCGUCUGUGUCGCCGGCUGCAGCUUAAAGACAUCAUUCCUGUAGAAAUGCAGAGAGUCACCAAAUACCCACUCCUACUGGACAAUAUCGCCAAGUACACAGGAGACGGUGAAGAGAGAGAAAAGGUGAAGAAAGCCGGCGAAUGUUGCAAAAAGAUCCUCAACCACGUGAACCAGGCUGUCAAAGAGGCUGAAAACAAACAGAGGCUGGAGGAGUAUCAGAGGAGGUUGGACCUCUCGUCCCUCAAACAGAGUGAGAACCCAAUGAUCCUGGAGCUCAGGAAUCUGGACCUGACCAAGAGGAAGAUGGUGCACGAGGGACCGCUCUCCUGGAAGGUCAACAAAGACAAAACAAUUGAGCUGUACACAAUCCUGCUGGAGGACAUCCUGGUGCUGCUGCAGAAACAGGACGAGCGUCUCGUCCUCAAGUUCCACGGCAAGAAUCCGGCCAGCGCCGCCGACGCCAAACACAUCUUCAGCCCCAUCAUCAAGCUCAACACUGUGUUGGUCCGUCCCGUGGCGACUGAAAACAAAUCCUUCUUCGUGCUGUCCAUGUCGGAGAACGGGGCUCAGAUCUACGAGCUGAUGGCUCAGACGGUGUUCGAUCAGAGAGCGUGGCAGUGUCUGAUCACACAAUGUGCCGACGCCAUGAAGGCCAAACCUCACAACAGAGACGACACACCAGCAGCUCAGUCGGAAGCUGAGCGCGACGCUAUUGAGAUCAUCAAACGUGGGAUGCCGAAGGCGAGCAAAGACGCUAACGGCGCAUCAAGUGGAAACAUCCUUUCUUCAGAUAAAGACGCCGCCUCUUCUCCAGACAUUCAAGCUGCGCCGAGUAUGAACCCGUUUGAUGGCAUGAAAUCAGAAGACGAGGAAGAGGAGCUGACCGUGGCGGACGGACGUGAGGAGGAAGAGGAGGAUGAAGAAGAGGUGGAUGAAGCAGAACUGGAGGCGUUCCUGGACGGGCAUCUUGCAGACGGACUUCCCUUCCUGCAGGACGAGUCGCAUCAAGGCGUCGCCGCUGAAAACCAAGAGCCCAACGCAUUCGGCGUACCCUCCUCCAAAGGCGAAGAUGCUCUCAGGACGUUGGCGAUGCUGAAGCAGGCUCUUUUUAACCACAUGGUGAGCAGAGAGGCAGACGAGGAGAAAGAGGAGAGCGAGCAGCUGAGCGCCUCUCUGCCCGGGAGCCCUGAGGGGCCCGCUGACAGCCGGGCGUCUCUAGGUUCACAGAGAGAAAACCUUCAGCUCCCUUCAGCACACACAGAGCUGUCCGAGACCCCUGAACGCAACGGUGACGGUGGUUUCGUGGUUCUGGAUUUUGGUGGGGGCCCCGAGGAGAGCAGCACGGACGAUGACGGGGGAGUCGGAGGGGACGUGGGGAUCGACAUGAGGAAGCUGCUCUCCUCCUCCUCGCAGGCAGCGGGCGGCGGCGGCCCCGACCUCAGCAGGCAGCUUAUGACCCACAUGCGCCUCCUACAGGCCGACCUGCAGUAUCUGAAGGAGGUGGAGGUGAAGUACAACGAGCUGCGACAGACACACAGUGACGCCGCUGCUGACUCGGAUGAAAACAUCGCCGUGUUUCACUGAGUUUCAUCCAUCAGUGGUUUUUACCUUCAGAGUGAUUUCAGACGGGAUUCACUGAUGAGAGAUUCUUCUGGAUGUUUCUUCCACUAUUGAACACGAUGGAGGCUUAAUGUCAGAUCUCCCACUUCAGGCAGGUAUCAGUGGAAGACAUUAUCCCCGUUAUAAGAAAAGGUUUCACUAUAAACUCAAAAUCCUCCCGAGGAGAGACUCUGUGGAAUUACCCGAGGACAAUUCAGUAAUAUAUCAGCAAUAAUCAACUGCAUAACUUAUCUUAAACACUGGAGAACGAGGCAAAGUGGAGUGUGUGAAGUCACACAGAUGCACAGCAGAGACUUUAAGAAAUGAAACGAGACGAUGGAUCAGGAAUUGUCUUCAGGACUCACUGCUGUAAGAUUGAAAGGUCUGCAAUAAGAAAGACGACCUCUGCUGCACAUAUUCAGUCCAGCACGCCACGUAGUCCCACAUGCUUAAAGAUGGACUCCAUGGUUCUGUAGCGGCGCUGAACACAAGUCUGCUCUCACCACACCGAGUAUGUUUUUAAAUUCAGCACCAUUCACAGAGAAAGGCUGUAAAAUCCAUUCCUACCAUUUCCAAGUGUGACUUUAGCCUAGCUUAGCAUAAAGCUGGAGUUAAGGUGGAACAGCUGACUAGUUCACGAGUGAACGUAUCUUCUUUGUUUUAUUCCUUUAUAAACACAAAUGUAAAAUUACACUUUGUUUUUUCAUUCAUUCAAUCAAUCUUUAUUUAUAAACAAAACAAAACAAUAAAGACAUUCUAACAGAAAAGAAGCGAUAGCAUUAUAAAAUAAUAAAAGCCAUUAAAACUUUCCAAUAAGGGAAAUAUUUGAUGGAUAAAGUCGGAUAAUUAAUGCAAAAUAAAAUAUAUUUAUAUUAAUAAAAACAUUGAAUUUUGCAGUUACGGUAGAUAAUUUGAAAGAUAAACACAAAUAAAAAUAGGAUUUUCUGACUGGAACUUUUUAUUUAUUUGACAAACAACAUCCAAACGCAGCAAAAUGUCUUGUUGUCACAGUGAGGUUGCCAGGUUUGGUAUUAUUAUUCUUGUGCAGAAACCAAAUCCUGCAGAAUAAAGCCAUACUAUAGUUCCAGUAUGAUUGAGUUUAAGAGGCGUUUGUAGGCGUAAUGAACUUUGAACAGAGUCACGCUAGCUGUUUCCACCUACUUCCAGUCUUUGUGCUAAGCUAAGCUAACCGUAUCUCUCUUCUCACCUCACUCUUGGAAAGAAAGCAAAUAAGUAUAUUUCUCAGAACUGUUGGUUUGUUAGAUGUUCCUUCAAGAGGCUUGUGUGUGUAAAGUCUAAUGUCAUGUCCAGGUGGAUGAAGUGAACAUCACUUAUGUGGGGACACUACGACGGCGUAUUCGGGCCAUUGUAGGUAAAAAACAAUUUACAAGAACAAAUCAUGAGGUUGAUCCAACUUUGCAAAGUGAAGCGAUGUGUUUUCUCUCUUCUCUUCCCUGGCUCCGUCAUUGUUUUAAUUUAAACAUGUUUUUUUACCUACAAUGGCCAUAACAUGCCGUCAUAAGCCACAAAUCUCCAACGAGAAAUUGUCAAACUGUGCUGAGCUAAAGCCUUUCACAGUUCCAGUACUGUUUGUUUACUGUUUGUCUUCUUGCUUUGAAUGUCUGAGCGAAUAGUAAACACAUGAAAUACUGUUUAAGUCCCAGCUUUAAGAUUUCCUAUAGCACUUGAAUGUAGCAUAAUAUAGCAAACAAAGAUCCCGAUCACUUCCUGUUCAUAAUGACGAAUCAAAGAAUCAAUAAACAAUGCAGGAAUAUACAUUUGGCAUCAUGCAGAUUAAAUACUUCUUUACUUCCUGUGUGUUUUAUCAGGAGUGUUAACGCCUCACGUAGAAACGCAGAGCAAAGCCCUGAGUUGGUAAAACUACAAAGAAACUGCAGCUUUAAAAACAAUUCUGCACAUUUAUUGUCUGAUAUUGUGUUAAAAUACACGCGUUAUAGACACAAGCCUUUCAGAGUGUGUGCACAUGGGAUUUAUUGAAUUGAACUUUAUUGCAGGAUUUGUUUUGCGUUUGUUUUCCACUUUUGUUGCUCAUCAAACACUUUGUUCAGGAGGUUCUUCUCCAGGAUCAUUUCGGCUGCUCAUGAAAGUCUUCUUCAGCUUGUAGCUCCGGCCUGUUGAUCCUGAUGUUCCUCAUCAAACAUCUUCAAUUCACUGAAGAUGUUUGAUCAUUGAAGACUCAAAGAUUCUUUCGCCACAAGACUGCACAGAUGACAUUAUUGCUUUUGAUUUUUGGGACGAAAUAUACGUGAAAAAACAAACCUGAAAAGAAUAUAUAGACAAAAAAACAGAUUGUUAUGGACUGUUUUCAACGUAAAGGAAUAUAAUGUACAAUUGUGACUGUAUAUCAAAGUGUGUUGUUUUUCUACACCAUGCAAUCAUGAAAUGUUUUAACACUUAAAAAGAGCAUUAAUGUGUUUUAUAAAUGUUCUAUUCAAAAUGUUC